AUGUCCUCCGCCACGUCGGCCAUGAAGUUGGCCCUUGCCUCCCUAUUCGUAGCGCACGCCCAGGCCAACUCCUUCGGGAAUUCGUGGAGCCUUCCGGCCCCCUCGUCACCCAACUACAUCCGCGUGGCCAAUUCAACCCUCAUCGUGCCAGAUGCUCCGAAUCCCAUCGUCAACGAAUUGGCGCUUUGGACGGGCAUGGGCAUGAGCAAUGGAGACUUGGUCCAGUCGGUCACCAUCAACCAACCAGGGGAUGCCGAGGGUGGAUGCGGUAACGUUGGGAGCGACUACUGCGUCGUUGCUAGUACCCUGGACGAUGGCGCCAGUGGUCAAUCGAUAGGCAACGGCCACGGAACUGCAUCUCCUGGAGACAGCGUCAUGUUUUCCUACAUCUACAACGAGCAAACGAGCAACACCGAUCAAUACGCUUACAUCAAUGGAAAUCUGGUGUCCACAUACUCGAGCUCUAAUGGGGCGCAUGCGAACGGGUUUGGAACGGCCGAGGAGUGUCAGGAUGGAACACCAUGUGGCGUCGUGCCUCAACAUCAAUGGACGGAUAUCACUUUUGUGCUGAAUGAGCCGGACGAAUCCUUCGCCGACAACGCAGGUGGCAACGGUUACUCUGGCGGUUACAUGUCCACUCCAGAUGGGGGUACAACCUGGUAUGUCAGUACCGUCACUAUCGAUGAGUACGACUUCAGCUAG